AGCUGGCCCUGCAUCCUUUCUCCGCUGUCCUGGCAGGCAGGUCUGUGCGUCCGCCCAUGCGCCGCAGGUCUUGGCUUAGUGGGUGCGCUGGGGGGACGGAGGGCUGCCAGGGCCCAGCCCCUUUCGGGCCGACCCCGGACUCGGCUCCCGGAAUGCCCGGGCAUUCGCGCGCCUCCGUGUGCACUCCGCUUCCCUCCGGCCGCUCCGCUCGCCUGCCAUUCCGUGCGGGGCACCGGGUGGUCCUCUCCAAGCCCCCCGGGUCUGGCGGCCAGGGCCGGGGGCGCGGCGGGCCCGUGGGGCCCGUGGAGGUCCGCGCAGGGAGGCCGGCAGGGAGCGCAGCAGCCCGGCCUCAACGGCGGCCGGAAGUCCCGCCCCGGAGGGCGUCGGGAGGGAGGCGGCUGCGGAAGCGGAGCUGCGCCCCCCGGGCCGUGCGUUCCUGCCGCGCCCCGGCCCGCGCUCCCCGCCUCCGGGCCGCGGCCCCGACCCUGACUCGCAACCUGGCCUCGUCGCCCCGCCCCCGCCGCCCGGCCGUCACCGCGCCCUCCGACGGCGGGCCGCCGGGCGGUGGCGUCCGGCUGCUGCAGGCGGUGGACACGGAGUACACCGCGGACUCGGUGGAGUGGUGCCCGCUGGAAGGCCGCCGGCGCCUGCUGGCGUGCGGCACCUACCAGCUGCGGAAGCCGGAGCACCAGCCCGCCCGCCCGGACGGCAAGAGUGCCUCGGCCGCUGACGAGCCCCAGGCCCGCUUAGGCCGGCUCUACCUGUACAGUUUGAGUGAGGACACCUGUGCUUGCCCCCUGGUUGAGAUCCAGAGAAAAGACACUCCUGCCAUCCUGGACAUGAAAUGGUGCCACGUCCCGGUGGCUGGCCAUGCCCUCCUAGGUGUGGCAGAUGCUGGCGGGUCCAUAGAGCUGCUCCGCUUGGUGGGGUCUGAGAACACGUACAUGCUGCAGCCGUUUGCCAGUUUUGCCCUGGAGAAGCAGUGUCUGGCCUUGUCUCUGGACUGGUCCACGGGGAGAGCUGACAGGGCCAAUGACCAGCCCCUGAAAAUCAUCAGCAGUGACUCCAAGGGGCAGCUCCACCUCCUGCAGGUGACUGAGGCGGGGCCCGGACUGCAGGGUGUGGCCACAUGGCAGGCCCAUCACUUCGAGGCCUGGAUCGCUGCUUUCAACUACUGGCAGACAGAAAUUGUGUACUCAGGUGGGGACGAUGGCCUUUUGAAAGGCUGGGACACCAGGACACCUGACACAUCUGUGUUCAGCAGUAAAAAACACUCCAUGGGUGUGUGCAGCAUUCAGAGUAACCCCCACUGGGAGGACCUGUUGGCCACAGGAAGCUACGAUGAGCACGUCCUGCUGUGGGACACUCGGAACAUGCAGCAGCCCCUUGCAGACAUGGCCGUGCAAGGCGGCGUGUGGAGGCUCAGGUGGCACCCUUUCCACCGCCACCUGCUCCUGGCAGCGUGCAUGCAUGGAGGCUUCAGGAUCUUAAACUGCCAGAAGGGAACAGAGAAGGAAGUGUGCACAGUCUCGGCGUCCUACACGUUGCCCAACUCACUGGUGUAUGGAGCUGACUGGUCCUGGCUCAACUUCCACCUUCUGCCACAGACCCAGCAGUCACUCCACUUGAGGUCCUCUCCCUACAGCGACCCAGGGGCCAGGACAGCAGACGGGGGCCAUAACCAGAAGUCUAUAGGCCUGUCACUAGGACCUUCCUCUUUCGAUCACUUAGCCAACCAUGAUGGAGAGGGUCGGGCCAAGCCCCAGAGUGGAAGUAAGGGGUGGGCUUCUGUGCAGCCACUCACAGAGGACAUAAAAAGCGGCAGCAGACUGCACACCCCAGGGACCAAGAUCUGUGAUGGAGACCCGUGUCUGGAAACAGCCAACUUGGAUAUCAGCCUCCUAGCCACUUGCUCCUUCUACGACCAUGUUCUUCACCUCUGGAAGUGGGACAACAGCUGAGUUAGGGAAGUUGCUUCCUUUGAAAUCAUGAAGACCAUGUGUGAAUGGACUUCCCUGAGACCAUCUCAGAGUCUUAACCAGUCUGCAGGUGUAGGGCUCAGUGCAUCUUAUGGAGCGUACUGUGUAAACAGCAAGAAAGCUACUGGCUUCUUAAAUAAACCUUACCUGUUGGGCCUGUC